CCCGGAAAUGACGCUAGGUCCGCCACUGAGGAAGUGACAACAGGAGUGCCCUUGAAGGGCAGGCCGUCUAGGCUCCGCAACCCUCCGCUCGCGCUGCCGGGAGAUGGCUCAGCGGCUGCUCCUGAGGAGGUUCCUGACCUCACUCAUCUCCAGGAAGUCCCCUCACGGUGGGUGGGCUUCCCUCACCCCCAGGACCCUGCAGAGCCCUCAGUACAGUGCCGAGGGUCAGGCAGGAACACUCAGCCCAGCCCGGACGCUACACACCUCCAGAGUGUGUUCAACAACCUUUAACAUCCAGGAUGGACCUGACUUUCAAGACAGAGUUGUCAACAGUGAGACGCCAGUUGUUGUGGACUUCCACGCGCAGUGGUGUGGCCCCUGCAAGAUCCUAGGACCGAGGCUAGAGAAGAUGGUGGCCAAACAGCAUGGGAAGGUGGUGAUGGCCAAAGUGGAUAUCGACGACCACACAGACCUGGCCAUUGAGUAUGAGGUGUCUGCUGUACCUACCGUGCUGGCCAUCAAGAAUGGGGACGUGGUGGACAAGUUUGUUGGCAUCAAGGAUGAAGACCAGCUGGAAGCCUUCCUAAAGAAGCUGAUUGGCUGACGAGCAGGGAAGAGCCCUGGCUGCCCUUGCCUGUUGGGAGCCUCUUUGGGGAGGAGCCUAGUAGAACUCUUAGCCCUCCGCGGUGGUCCUUCCUGCCCUGCCCCUCAUCCCUGUGGGUCUGACCUUGGGCAGCAGACCUCCAAACCUGGAAGCCAGCAGCGCUCCCAAACCAGCCCCCAGGCCAGAGUGGCCAGCAGAGGAGCAAUGCUGCCACCCUGCCACCGGUGUGGGGCCCCCUGUGCACCUCCUACUGUGUCCUCCUCCUGGGGCCUGUCCCUGUUCCCCCAGAUGCUGGAAGAGCCGGGGCCAGCCCAUACCCUGACCGUGUAGGUGGUCGCCCACACCCCAUCUCCAUGGUCCUUUGAUCUGAAUCCCCUAAGCCCUGGGCAUUUGCCUCUGGCACUUUUCCUCUCCUGCCUCUGUUCAUAAAGGAAACCAGAAGCUGAACAAGGGAGAGUAAUGUGAUUCUCUUAAUUUUUUGUAGGUCUGUAAUAGAGAACUUUAUGUGACCCUUCUACCUCUUGCUGUGAAGAACCGAGCCCACACGCUAUAGCUGUCCCUUUUCUCCCUUGACCCCUCCCUGGGUUAGCUGGGCCUGGUUCCCUGAGCAGGAGGAGCUGUGAACAAGUCAGACCAAUAAAACCAGGUUUGCACUGCCA